AUGAGUCUAUUUCAAAUAGGAUCAGAAGAGAGAGUUGUUUAUGUGUUUACAAAGUUGAAGAAGAUGAGCAGCCAGCGGAUUAAAUGCACGGUGGUAGCCGAGAAGUGUACGUGGAAGGGUUCUGAUAAGGCGAGUCCUAUAUUGGAUCCACAGAAGAAGAAUAGAAACUUUGUUUACGAGAUCACAAAGACCAUGGCCAAACUCGGAUACAACAUGACUAAGUAUAGCCUUCCCGACUCUACAUUGAAUAGUGGAAGAAUUUUGUUCAAAAACUAUGUUCUUUGCCGCAUCAAGAAGAAGAAAUCACCACAAACCCAAUCACUCACAGUCACAGGACAACUUUCAAGAACUACGAAAGAUCAUUUUCAUUAUGAAGCUGCACCGUCCCUACCAUACGAGCAAAUUGCAUUGGGUGUCCCUGUUGCCCAGUUUGAAGGAUAUCCAUAUCAACAACACAUGAGCAUGGCAGUGACCCCUGAAUUUGGUGCAUUAUAUUCUGGAUAA